ACGUGACUGAUGAAAUUUUGACCAGGUUUUCGUAAACAUGUUAUCAUCAUGCCGAUUGCAUGGUGUACUUACACUCUCGUCAAUUUAGAUUUAGAUUACAUCUUGGAAAUGAUAAGGUCCCGGAUACAGAGUGCCACCAGGGCAGUCCGAUGGGGUCCACAUCGAGCGUAAAACGAGCUACACGUCCCUUAAAAGACGACAAUAAACCCGUGCAAAGUCAAAGACCUGUCCGGUUAGAACAGAUAGAAGAGAGAACGUCACACGGCACCGAGGACAACAAGAAACUCAUUAAAGACGGAGAUGUGAAGUUAUCUAAGGACACGGAGAAAUCUCGGCACAGACGACUGACAAAGGACGACACGAAACAUACCCCAUUUACAAAGGACGAAUCUAAAUACACACAAGAUCACAUAGAUAAACCAACGUCCUUCAGGGAUGACACGCUAUACGUGAAGGAUGGACAAAAAUCACACAGAAGGUACAGUCAGUAUGAUGUAAGGGACAGUAGCGGUGAUAUUAGAAAAGACGAGCUAUUGUACGAGGAAGAUGACGCAAGAGACGCAAUGCUCAAAAGAAGAUACGGCAAACGUUCACACGAAAAAGGAGAGAAAAUAAAGCGCAUUGGCGAUGACGUUCCGGAAGUCGGAGAGGAAAACGACAUCACCGAUGAGUUAAGAAAGCUGAUAGAGAAAAGGCAUCGGAGUCAGAGGUACUCUCUUCCUCCUGGACGUCGGGAACCCCCGAGAGAGGCUCCACGGCAUCGAACACGUCCAGAAAGGAUUGUGAGCAGAGAACCACGUGGUGUAAACUUUGCCUUUUGGGGCAUGGAUGGUGUUACUUUUUAAAUCACAAUAUUAUAAAACUUGGAUUAUUCUUUGAAACAUUGUGACGCUGCACGUACAGUGACGUCAUAAAACUGGUUUCUUGGUGAUUUCAGUAGCAGUCACAGUAGAAACGUGGAUUGAAUUAGUCGCGCAGCCCAGUCCCGAUAUAACAGUAGAUGAUGGCCUAGGUAUUCCGAUGGGGAGGUGACUCAUGGGAAAUGGACAGACCAAGGAAGGCGGGAAGACGUAUACGGGCGGAGCGCGUGUAGUCAUAGUUUCUCCGUCAGCUUCAGAAGACUUAGAUCCUAGUAGUAAAACUAGGAUUAAAUUCCGGGGAGACAAGCGGAAACAUGUCACCUUCACCAAGCGACCACAGAUGGUCGAAAUAGGACAACUGACCAAAGAUCUCGCGUAUAACGGCAAAGUUAAAUUCCAGCGAAGUCAGACCAGAGCCGUAGGAAUCUCCAACGCUGGAGAAGACAACAAAGCGUCGAUGACGUCAGUAAAUACCGUGACGUCAUCGGUGCCAGGGGUUCCUAUUAUUGCGACUUAUCAACAACCGGAAGAGGAUUUCCAAUGGGAACAAAGACCAACACAACAAACGGCGCUUACAAAAGUAGACGAAAUAUAAACGGAUGAUAUUAUUUCAUUCCAGAGUCCUUCUCUUUUGUGUGAAGCUAAAAUGUACCUUAAAAGUUGUAUUUUUGUGUGAAUCACUCUGAAAAAGUACUGCUUUACACAUAUAUGUAAAUAUCAUUUGUUUAAUUAAAAGUAUAUUU